AUGGAAAAAAGAAGGGAGAAGAAGAACGUGAAAGAGGAACAAAUCGACACUCAAAUUGAUUGGAAGGAGACGUCUGAAGCCCACGUCUUCAAAGCCGUCAAGAAAGAGGAGGUGAAGGUGGAGAUCGAGGGAGGCUGCGUGCUUCAGAUCAGCGGUGAAGGGAGCAAGGAGGUUGAGGAAAAGAAGGAUCGCUGGCACCAAGUCGAGAGCAAGGAGGUUGAGGAAAAGAAGGAUCGCUGGCACCAAGUCGAGCGUAGCCAGGGCAAGUUCCUCAACCGAUUCCCACUGCCGGAGAACGCUAAAGUGGAUCAGGUGAGGGCAGAAAUGGAGAAGAAACGCCGCAGGAAAGUGCAUGAUCUUUUUGGUUUUGCACGAAAAGGGCAUGUUUAA